AUGUCGAUGAAUUCAGGUAAAAUGAUCGCCGUCGGAAUGCACGUCGAGAUUAAACGGAGCGACGGUCGCAUCCACGGCGCCGUCAUAGCAGAAGUCAAGUCGAAUGGUCGAUUUAUGGUCGAAUGGUACGAGAAGGUGAGUAAAGAAAGGCUUAAUUCAAAAGCACGCAUCUUUUGGCAGUCUCCCAAGGCUCAUCACAAAGCCAUGCAUUUUGUAUGUCCCAAACCAAAAAUCAUGCAUUUUAUUUUUACGCGUCUUAAAAAAUAUUGUUAUGUACUUUUCUGGUUGCAGGGAGAGACCAAAGGAAAGGAAUCGACGCUCGACGAAUUGCUCAAACUGAAUCCGACGCUGCAGAUGUCGAAACCGGCACCACCUCCGGCGCCGAAGACACUUCAGAUGUCGACAGUCAGCAACAGACUGAGCAUGGCUCCGAACCACCAGGAUAUGAUACUCGACGAGGAAGACACGUUCUUGCUGGAUCACAUCAACCUUAAGAACAACAAGAGUGAGCAAAAAAGUAAGACGAAUUCAAUGUGCUAGAAAUUACUGAAAUAACCACAGACGCUGCUCCGAAUAAGCGCCAAUCUGGAAUCUUCAUGCAACACGUUCCUUUCCGUGCCGCUUCUCCUGUCGAGAAGGCUCAACCCGCAAGACGUGCUCCGUCUCCGAAGGCUGAAAAAUUCGUGGCGCCUGUUCCUCCGAAACCAGUUCUAACUACUCGUGCUCAGCCGGCUGCAGACCCUGUUUCGAAACCGAUAUCCACGCGUUCGGCUGCUGCUGCGUCUGAUAUUGCUAAGACUCCCCGUAUUGCGGCUCUGCCAGCUGCUGCUCCUGUCGUCGUUCCAGCUCCUGCUCCGGUUGUUGCUGAAAUCAACUCCCAGCGUGCUCCGUCUCCAGCCGCCACUAGAGGACCUUCUCCGAAGAAUGUGCCCCGCUCGUAUCCACAACAAGAAGUGGCCGUAACGAACAAAGACUUCACCUUUGCAGAAAUGAUUCGUAAUUACAGGGCUAACGUAAGAAAUCGGGUGCUACCCCGAAUCGGAACUUCCCGAAUCAGAACUGGUACUAAUCCGAACUAUUUUCAGUGCUAAUUGGUUCUGAUUCGUACCAGUUCUGAUUCGGGAAGUUCCGAUUCGAGGCAGCACCAGAAAUUGUAAGUUUGUCGGCUGAAACUCUCAUUCGUUCCAGAUUGAUUAUCGUCCGCUGAGUGUGUUCGACGCAGUCAAUGAGAAUCGAAUUUCUGUGUGCGUUCGGAAGCGUCCGUUGAACAAGAAAGAGCAACUGAAGAAUGAAGUGGACGUGAUCACAAUCCCGAGUCGAGACAUCACCGUCCUCCAUCAGCCACAAGUUCGUGUCGAUCUCACCAAAUACCUCGAUAAUCAAAAGUUCCGCUUCGAUUACUCGUUCGACGAAUCCGCUAACAACGAACUCGUUUACAGGUUUUCUUUUAUUAAUCAUCCGAAAACAUAUAUAAUUUCAGAUUCACUGCUGCACCUUUGGUAAAAACCAUCUUCGAAAACGGAAAUGCUACGUGUUUCGCUUACGGACAAACUGGUUCCGGAAAGACGCAUACGAUGGGAGGCGACUUCUCCGGAAAGAAGCAGAAUGCGUCGAUGGGAAUCUAUGCUCUUACCGCUCGAGACGUCUUUCGAAUGCUCGAACAGCCCCAGUAUCGCCGCAAAGAUCUCACUGUUCACUGUGCUUUCUUCGAAAUUUAUGGAACGAAGACGUUUGACUUGCUGAAUGAAAAAACGGAGCUGCGAGUGCUCGAGGACAAGAUGCAAAAGGUGCAAAUUGUCGGAUUGAAGGAAGAGCGAGCCAUGCACGAGAAAGACGUCCUCGAGCUCAUAAACAAGGGAACUCUGGUGAGAACAGCCGGAACCACUUCGGCCAAUGCGAAUUCGUCUCGUUCUCAUGCCAUCUUCCAAAUUAUUCUGAGACAGUGAGCUAAAGGGUUAUUGUGACAAAUGGGAAGUUAAUUGUAUUGCAGAGGAAAGAAGGUGUGGGGCAAAUUCUCGCUCAUCGAUUUGGCCGGAAACGAGAGGGGGCAGGACACGCGGGAAUGUGACAGAGACACGAGGAAGGAGGGAGCCAACAUCAAUCAGUCGUUGCUCGCUCUCAAGGAAUGCAUCCGUGGAAUGGCUCGCAACAGUUCGCACGUUCCCUUCCGCCAAUCGAAGCUAACCAUGGUUCUGAGAGACAGUUUCAUCGGAGAGAAGUCACGAACUGUCAUGAUUUCUAUGAUUUCUCCUGGAAUUUCGUCCAGUGAUCAUACUCUGAACACUCUUCGGUACGCCGAUCGCGUCAAAGAAAUGGGAACAGAUGGGAGCGGAGAGGCGACUCCGAUUCGCGACGAAGAUUUGUUCUUGCCGCCGCAAAGCGAAAAAUCAGAUGACGAGUACGACGAAGAGCAGGAGAAACUGGAACACCGUCGUCUGGCAGUUGAUCACUUGCGCAAUCUGAACGAAAUGACUGAGAAGGCAAGAUUUGAUCAGGUCCUUUUUGUCCGUUACAGAGCUGUUUUCAGUUGUCCCGGGAGUCGAUGUCCGUGCUUUCGAACGAGCCGAGCGCAACCCAGAAAGCAGAGUGCCUCGCCAGACUCGAUCAGUUGGCCCAGAUCAUUUCAAACACGCGUGUCGCAGUCGAAAACAUCUGA